GUGGUUGUUGCCUGCUGCUGUUGGUGGUGAAGUACCUCCCUAUAUGUGUGUAAGUGAGAACCGCGGCUGCGACUCGAGCGAAUCAACUUCUCUCAGCGGGAACAGUCAGCGCCGUCUGCCGUGCCUUAAACUCCGGCUUUCGAUCCAAACUAACGACCCUGUGAUCCGCGUCCGACACCGAAACGGGCCUCCAUGUCAAUCGGGACGGUGUUGAUUCCAGAAAUCUCUGAAGAGCAAGACGUGUUCUGCGCUGCUCGAGAAACCUUCAUGUCGAUCCUUUCUCAGCUGCAGGACGCGCUGACUGAGAACGUCGUGUCGCGGAGCGUUUACGGCUUCUUCAAGGGCGGCGUUCCCGGCAAUUCCUCAUCGGGAGCUGAGACCAUCACGACGGAAGUCGACCGCGCAAUCAGUAAAGCGAUGCGAGGCCUCGCGAAAACUGGUAGCCCUUUCAUCGGGAUCGCGGGGCUCUCGGGUGCGCUAGCCGUUGCCCUGGGAGCAUACGGUGCUCACGUUGUGUAUCGCAAUGAAGAAAUCGAGGAGCAGCGUAAAGAAAUCUACGACAGGACCAACAACUAUCACUUCAUUCAUAGCCUCGCUCUCCUGGGAGUACCGCUAUGCAGAAGGCCAGUAGUGACUGGUUCCCUGCUCUCUGUCGGAACGCUUGUCUUCUGCGGAACUUGUUACUACCGCGCGUUGACGAACGACAAUCGGGUUCGUCAUCUGACCCCGUACGGAGGCAUGUUGAUGAUCCUCGGCUGGCUCUCGAUGGCUCUUUAGGAGCCCGGUCUUCGUUCUCGCAUACUGAACUCACGACCGUUCGAAUGCCGAUAAACCGGAAACGCCGCCGUCCUCGACAAGGUUUCCGAACGUCCAGACUCCAAAAAAUGUUUUACAUGAGGACGAAUGCGGAGUGCUUCGGUCAUUUCCAGAAGUCAUCUCUUGUGUAUUGCGAUUAGGAAAUAACCGUGCUGGAUAUUAUUCGUAGUCCAUGAUGUAAAUCAGAAAGUUCUUUCACGGUCUGACGAGGAGCUUCUCGACGCCAGCCCGGCAAGCCCUGACCUCCCCGAAUUGUAAAACCAAUACACUGACGAGACGCCUCAUUGUGAACAAGUUCGGCGGCUCCUCAAUGUCGAAUAGGUUCUCGUCUUUCGUGUGAAUAUGAACCGGUCUACGUAUUGCUUCUGUUUCAAUUCUGACGCGGAGAGUGUUCAGACUCAGUUCGCCGAAGUAUGCGACACCUGCAUCCCGCCCUCACUCUAAUCGGUGAAAUUGAUUACGGAGCACUAAAGAUAAUGGAAAGCCGCUCUCCGUGAAAAUCGAUGGGACGGACACAGCGUGGCGUCCGAUACGGAAGUUUCAUUUCAUUGUGUAUACUAGGUCUAGCUGAAUCAAGAGUGUAGCGCCGAAACGCGGAUUCGGAAUUUAUCUGUCAGAAAUCGGAGCAACCGACGGGAUCUGACCUCGGUGGUGUGAAAUUCGAUUGUUGUCUCCGGGAGUAAUGAUGACGAUACUGAAUCCAUGUUCGGCAUUGGGCUGAUUCAACUUCCGGAGAUAGCUCUCUUUAGAAGAA